AUGAUGCCCGUGUCGCCGGGCCCCGGAAUUGCCGCUCUUGCCGGCAAGAAGAAGCGCCCGUCUCGCAACCGCGCGGCGUCGCCGCCACCUCAAGCCAUCGUGUCCGAUCAAUUUCCUGCAGUCUCCGAGGAGACCGGCGUCAGCACGGACGCGCACAGCGGCGGCGGCGGCGGCGGCGGCGGAGGCGGCGCCGAAGGUGGAGCAGGUAAGAUCUUUCCUGCCCUCUUCGCGCUCUACUACGAGGGCUGCCUCCCGCAGCACUUUCAAAUAUUCGGGUACGCGCGCAGCAAGAUGGACGACGCGCAGCUGCGCGAGCUCAUCAGCACCACGCUCACCUGCCGCAUCGACAAGAGUGACGAGUGCGGGGACAAGAUGGACUAUUUCCUGGAGCGCUGCUUCUAUCACAGCGGCCAGUACGACAGCCAGGACAAUUUCGCGCAGCUCGACGCGCGCAUGCAGAAACUCGAGGAGGGGUACAUAGCGGACCGCAUGUUCUACCUCGCCAUUCCGCCCAACGUCUUCGUGCCCGCGGCGCGCUCCGUGUCGCUGGCAGCGUCGUCCCCCUCGGGGUACACGCGCGUGAUCGUGGAGAAGCCGUUCGGCCGCGACAGCGAGUCGAGUGCGCUGCUCACCCAGCAGCUGGGGCAGCACUUCACUGAGGACCAGAUCUACCGCAUCGACCACUACCUGGGCAAGGAGCUGGUGGAGAACCUGCUGGUGCUGCGCUUCUCGAACCUGGUGUUUGAGCCGCUGUGGUCGCGCCAGUACAUCCGCAACGUGCAGAUCAUCUUCUCCGAGGACUUUGGCACUGAGGGCCGCGGCGGCUAUUUUGACCACUACGGCAUCAUCCGGGACAUCAUGCAGAACCAUCUGCUGCAGAUCCUGACUCUCUUUGCUAUGGAGCCGCCCGUCUCGCUCUCCGCUGACGACAUCAUCAACGAGAAGGUGAAGGUGCUGCGGUCCAUGCGGCCGGUGAAGCUGGAGGACGCCGUUGUGGCGCAGUACAAGGGCCACGUCAGCAAAACCGGCUGCAAGUACCAGGGGUACACGGACGACCCCACAGUGCCCCCCAACAGCAUCACGCCCACGUUUUCAGCAGCAGCGCUGUUCAUUGACAAUGCGCGCUGGGACGGCGUGCCCUUCCUCAUGAAGGCCGGCAAGGCCCUGCACGACCUCCGGUGUGAGAUCCGAGUGCAGUUCAGGCACGUGCCGGGCAACCUGUACCAGCACAACACGUAUGGUGUGGACGUGGACAUGGCGACCAACGAGCUGGUGAUUCGCCUGCAGCCCAACGAGGCCAUUUACCUCAAGAUCAACAACAAGGUGCCGGGCCUCGACUUCAGGCUCGACCGCUCGCGCCUCAACCUGCGAUACAUCGACAGGUAUCAGCACGAGCUGCCAGAUGCGUACGAGCGCUUGCUGCUGGAUGCCAUGGAAGGGGACAAGCGCCUCUUCAUCCGCUCCGAUGAGCUCGAGGCAGCCUGGAACAUCUUCACCCCGCUGCUGCAGGACCUGGAGAAGAAGCACAUUGCUCCAGAGCUUUACCCCUAUGGCAGCAGAGGCCCUAUUGGAGCGCACUACUUGGCUGCCAAGCACAAUUGCGCCGGAGCCGUAACUAUGGAGACGCGUGGUGCCAAGCGAAAACUGGAGGAGUCCGCGUCACAAGACAGGGCUAGCAAGCGCAUUCAAGUAACAAUGCCGCUUUGCCAGCCAUCUGUCGACAAGGAAGCAGAGAUCGAUAAGAAACUUGUGGAGGCUCUGCUCUUGGACAUCGCAGAAGGGAACAAUGACGAAGAAGUCGAGGACUCAGACUGGUUUGGAGAUGUUGAUGACAUGCCCGCUGAUCCAAACGUGCCAGAAGCCAAGGAUUUUCAUGCAACCUUUCAAGUGAAUUACUCCAAGGCGUCUUUGCAAUUUCACGGAGCUAACUCUCUCCACAAUCAUUCGGAAGAGUAA